UGCUUAUCCUUUCGUUGCAUCAAUUAAAUCACUUUACUUAACCACACUGUUUAUUUGGUUAUUCAUCUUCUGUUUUAAAUCUUAUUCUAUAUCUUGAACAUUUUGCAUCAUCAUCUUGUAAUUGUAUUACCCUUUUAAUUAUUUCUGUCAAAUUGCCCUCAAUUUUAUCAUUUUUAACAGUUUAUUGUCUUCAAUCAAUUUGCUUCUUUUGACUGUUGACUUGAAGAAUAAACUCAGCGGUCAUUACUUAUUCUCUUUUACUCAUCUUUACAUUUCUCUUAAGUGACAAUUCUAUUUAAGCAGACAGAAAGUUUCAUUUGCUUAUAAUAUUCUUUGCAAAAUCUUCUAAUUAUUUUCUAUUUCUUUCUGAGUUUGUUAACUUAUGCCUUGUUUAUUUAUCGUAAAUUGAGUUUGUAAAUUAAAGCAAAAUGUUCCUUUGUGCAAGGAAAAGAUGUCGUAAUCGGUGUUUACCGGGUGAUGAUGCAUUCGAUAUCAAAGACUAUCCUGAUCACUUCAAUAUUCAUUAUAUUCUAUACUGUGGUCAUACCUUGUGUGAACAUUGUCUUUACAUGACUGUUCAAAAUGGCGAAAGGUCAUAUCAAUGUGAUCAAUGCGGUGAAUAUACUAAUUUGUCUGCUCGUGCCUUUGCCUCCAUAAAGUCAUCACAUCUGAGUAGCUCUAAGCGCUUGAAUCGUCUUAAUGGGGAUUGUGCUCAAGAGAUUCCGCUUGACGCUUAUUCGCUUGGAUUAGCUUUCAAUCAAGGUCGAAUUACAGCUUCUCCUGUGGAGCCAACUGUUAAUUUGGAAGAUUUGAAUAGACCAGCAAUGGAAGAAAAUUUCAAAUAUUCAAAGGAUCCGAGAGAUGAGGAGAAUGCUGUGUUAAAGUCAACGAUCCCAAAAGCUAGGCGGAAUAUGAUUAUUCCUUUGAUACAUACAAUGCACCACUCAUUGUUCACUCACGCUGAAUGUGGACACAGUUUAAAAGUUCUGGGCAACAUGGAAAGAAAGUUAUCGAAAGAAUUUUAUCUUGCCAAAAUGCGUCUUCGUGAAAAAUUUCAUAUUCUUCAUUCUCUACUUCAGUUGGAGGAACUCAGAGGUAUUACUUUGUUUGAAAGUAAUUACAAAAAACGUAAGGAGGAAUAUGCUGAUGUUGAGAAGAGUUUAUGUGCUCUUCGACGCGAAAUCAAUGAAACAUUCAAGCUUGAACAUAAUACCCUAGAAACUUUAACUAAAAAAAGAAAUCUGUUGAAAGAGGCAAUAGCUAAACCUAGUCGGAUAAGCUGGAGACAGUAUGAAGUCAACGAUGAUUUUAAUUUUGAAAUCGAUGAGUAUUUGGCAAAUUCUAUUAAAAAUUGCCUCACCCUUGAUACCACCGAACGUGAUUCUUCGCUUACUCUUGUGCAUGUUGAUCCUGAGUCCAGUGGCAAAUGUGAUCCAGUACCUCUUUUCAGAACCACAUCUAUGUGCUCAUCACUUGGAACGACGGAUGAGGAUACAUCACCAGAGAAAUCCAGCAACAAUGAAGCUGCUUGUUCACGUGCAAAUAUUGCAAAUAGCAUUGUUGGUUUUGAAGAAGAGAUUGUCAAAUUAUCAAAAGUUCUCAGCCCAGAGCUUUUUUAUUGCACUCUUUGGAAUAAUCCAGAAAAAAUUGCUGAAAUGAAUCGACAUAUAGAAGCUUGGUGCACAAAUGUGUUUACGCAUCCUCCGCCACCAGGAACACUUAAAGUUGGCGGCUACAUUUUCAUCUUCUCAGAAGAUCGUCAGAUUUGGUGCCGAGCUAAGCUGCUGUCGUUAAACAACAACUCUGAGCCUGCCAACUCUCGAAAAAAUAAACUUGCUUCCAAAAAUUUAGUCACCUCUGCUUAUAACCUCUAUACCUCCCGAAGUGUUAACGCUGAACUUUUAGAUCUGGGAGGAGUUGAAAGAGUACCCUACACAAAGAUUCGACUACCCUUUGAUGAGGUAUUUGAUUUGGAAAAAUAUCCUCCUCUUGCUAUCAAGUGCUGUAUAUUUGGGGUGAAACCUAGAGGUGAUGAAUGGACUGAAUUAGCUAUUACUGCUGUUCGUGAAUUUUGUGGUGACCGAAAGUUGUUAAUGAUGAUCAAGGCUAUUGUCGGAGAUCUUAAAAAAGUAGACAUCUAUCAACACGAACAUGAUAGACUUGCUUAUAAUAAUGCUUCAUUACGAGAAGUCCUUGUAUUCUCGCGCCAUGCUAGAGUACAGCUUAAUGAAGCUGAUAUUAUCAGGUAUAACGUACCAACUGAGUUGGAUUUCAGAAAACCUGAAUUGAUCUCAAUUGCUAAAACUGAAAGUGUUCUUGUCACGGAAAUUCAAAGUCCAGAUCUUUUCUAUGUCACUCUUUACUCUAAUCAACAAGCGUUUCAUGAUCUACACGAGAAACUUAAAAUUUACUUCGAUCUACCAGAAGAGCCUUAUAUUCUUUACUGUCCUGAAAAAAAUCAACCUUGUGUGGCAUUAAACGAUAGAACAUUUUACCGAGCUUUGAUCAAAAAAGUACUAGAGUGCGAUAAAGUUGAAGUGGAGUUUGUUGAUUUUGGUCACACUGCAGUUGUUGAAACUAAAAACCUUAGGAUUAUUCGAGAAGAGUUUUUGAAGAAGCCUAUUUUUGCGAUUGCUUGCAAAUUGGGAGACGUUGCUCCGAUUGGAGGGUUCAAGUGGAGUCCUGAAUCCGUGGAAAAUUUCAAAGAUCUUAUUUUUGGUGAACCGUCCGGAAACAGUCAUAUUUUCAAUUUAUCUGUCCUCAGUUACGAAUCUAACGGAAAACAUGUUAUCAAUUUGAGGCGAUACACUGGAACUGAAUAUAUUUCUAUUAAUUGUGCUUUAGUUUCUCUCAAGUGUGCUGUGAGUACUGGUCCCCUCACUGAAAAUUCAUCUGAAGAAAUGGCGAUCCCACAACUCCAAGUAACCAAAUUACACGAUAGAAUAUUCAAAUAUUUGAAAGAUUUUGAUGUUUGUGGAUAUAAAAUUUUGCGAGAACUUGUUGCUCGCAAUAGAGAGGCAAAAUCCUCUAAGAUUGACUCUUUUAUAAAGAUGCGAAUAUCUCAUUGGAUUAGUCCUGACAAAUUUUACGUCCAACUUACUUCUCCAGAAGUAAGAAGUUAUUUUGUAUGUUAUGAAAAUAAGUUAGCUGAUGAUUACACGAGCCGCAUCGACGAACAAGUCUCUCUCAUACAAGAUGAAUUGGAAGUCAAUGAGCCUGUUAUUUUUGCUAUUCGAGAAAAAUGUUCCUGUACAUGGAGGCGAGGUAUCAUUUUGAAAAGAAAUCCUACCGACGAUGAUGAAAAUGAACAGCACAUGAUAAAACAAGAUAACCCCGAAACUAUCUAUACGGUUCACUCAAGAGACUUUGGUUUUGAAUUGGAGGUACCUAGGAAAUAUAUCUGGAAGUUACCCUUUGACUCACCAUUUCUCAAAGAUGGAGAUUUUUGUCUUAAAUGCCAUUUACAUGAUCUAGUUGCAGCUGGUGGAGGCUCUUGGACUAAAAGUGCCAUUGAAAUAUUUGGUGAAUACAUCGAAAAAUAUCAGGAUCAAUAUUUGCAUAUACCAGAAAAAUAUCUUCCAUCAGAUCCUCCAGAAUCUGUCGGGGUUGAUGUUUAUGGUAAAGAAAUUUACAUUGAAAAUGCCCUGGCUCCAGUGAAAGUUAAACAUCAUUCAUUUAGAAAUCUCCUGGUAAAUCGAGGAAUUGCUGUCCCUACUAGAAUGAUGUCACUUAGUGAUAUUGAAGAUAAUCCUGACUCUGAUGGUGGAAAUGAAGAGCCACCUAAUAGAAGUUUGAUGCCAAGUCCAAAGAAAGAUUCAGUUCUUAGCUAUAUUCGAAGUGAGCGUGCAAACGUUCGUAGACAGAUGGGUCACGUCACCAUUCAAUUUUACAAAGACCCAGAAAGACCAACCACUGAAAGCUUUGUUGGCAUACCUACAGAUGUCCAUAAAGGUAUGAAAAUAUGGUUUCGUAUUCAACGAAUAGACGGCUUUCAACCUGUGAAUAUUAUCAAUCGAAGCAUUGCCAGAGCUUUGAGGGAUCAAGAAGAGUUACUACCCUUUUCUGGUGAACCACUGAAUGGUCGGGCAUGCACUGCGUUCUUUGAAUACGAUAAAACAUGGAAUAGAGCGGAAAUCCUCUAUGCUAAGGAUAAUGACAAUUUUUUCGUUCGUUUUGUCGAUUAUGGAAACGAAACUUCCGUUUCAAGAGAACAAAUGAGUAAUCAAGUAUUCCAUCCUGAAAUACCGAAGCUAGCUUUGUAUGCAAUUCUCGCUAAUUGCAAACCAGCCAUUAACGAGAAGGAAGAUGAUAGGCUUGUGAAAGCCAUUGGUGCAAAAAUUGUUGAUUUGUCUUGUGUCUUCAAUUGGGAGAACUAUCAAUCGUUGAGAGAUCUUAAAGUUUCCAUAUUAACAGAGAAUGGAGAGGAUUUGAAAACACUAUUGCUAAAUGAAAACCUAGUCAUCGAUGAGGCUUCAGCGUGUGAAUUUGUCCCUCCAGUAAUGAGAAAUCUAAUUGAAAGAAUCUCUGUGUGUGGAUUUAAAUUGCCGAAAAUGGAUUUCAAAAAGAAAGUUUAUUAUCCUGUUAGAAUAACUGGCAAUUUCCGUCAAAACUGCACUCUAUUCCAAGUCAAACCCAUCGCUAAUCCAUGUGACGAAACAGAUUCAGCAAUUAAUGCCAAGGUUAAAGAUUACCUUGCUUCUCUGGAGGUUUUACGAUCGGAGAUUGAAACUUUCGAUAGUCUUAAAGAAUACAAAAUUAAUGAUAUUGUUGCCGCCAAAUACUCGGAUUAUCAAUGGUAUCGAGGAAUAGUUGUGGAAACUGUUUCAACAAUCUUUGGUAAAGAGUAUCGAGUGCUAUUUGUUGAUAUUGGUUUUUCAGCUGUAGUGGAAAGGGAAAAAAUGAAGAGACUUCCUUAUAAAUUUAUUCAAACUCCUGAGAUAUUCGCAUUACCUGCUAUAGUCGUUGACAUUAAACCCAAAAAUGGAGUAUUUAAUGCACUUUUAUGCGACAAAAUGGACAGACAAGUUAGUAAACACGAGAAAGCAACGCUCAUACGUGUUGUUAAUGAUUCAAUUCCGUACGAGAUUGAAGUUUUCACUGCUGAUCCUGAAAAUAAAAGAAACCCAAAGGAUAGUUUGUGGGAACCACUCUUCGAAACACAGGAUUUUAUCAAAAUAGAACCUGCAAGCCCUGAAAUUAUCGAAGAUAUUAAGUGAAAAAUAUUUCCUAUUUAAUCACUUAGACAAUUAAUUUUUCCAUUAUUCAUCAAAUUCGUUUCUGAACCAACAUUCAUAAUCUCAAAAAAAACUUAAAAUUUAUUAAUUUCAAUAUUUUUAUCUACGUUAACAGAUUCAAAAAGUUAAUCAUGCAUAAAUAAAAUUUCCAAAUCUAUUA